CUGCAGGACUGCUUUGCGCACAGGCAGCUGAGUCCGGAGACAGAACCGAACCGAGAGCACUACGGGGCGGGCACCUUGCCCUGCCUUCGCCCUCUGUUGGGAAGUGGCAAGUUCUCUUAAGUGCGUCCAGACAAGCUGCUCCUCCUCAAAGCCACGACGUGGAGCGAUCGGAGGAGGACGAAGACGAGCUGGCAGGCGCAGGGACACCCGUGAUACCGCCGCUGGACUGACAGAUGACGAAAGCGACAACCAGGUGGGAGCGUGACAGGAAGAGCCGGACGACAACGGGAAGGCUCACAAAUAGCGUCCGUCCCUCCCGAGAUUGGUUCCCACGUAACAAAGGACAUCCCCGUAAGCGUCUUCCAAGUGUGCCAUGAACAUCGCAAGCCCACACUUGAGAUCCAGACGUAGGGCUGUGGAGCUUCCUAGCUGGAAACCUUUGACAUGGGAUCUGAACUUGAACCUGAAAUGAUCAUCGGCAUUCGUUAUUGUAAGAAUUCCCUCCAAAGCGGUCGAGUAAGUCUCUCUUGAUGCCUCUCCGACCUCCGACGGGUUAAGGCUUUCUCCUCGGGGAUGGGCAGCCUGGCGACGGCUCCCCUCGGCGGCUUCGGGACCACCGCCGCCGCCUCCCCGGAAGUCGCGGGCCGGACGUGCUGGCCGGGUAAUGGCUCACCAGAGCUCAACGAGAGCCUCGGCACGGUGGUGGCUAUGAGUGCCGGCGUGGACAACUUGACGUUGGAGGGGGUCACGAGCUCGGCCAUGAAGGAGAAGAACUGGCCGGCGUUGCUCAUCCUGGUGAUCAUCGCGCUGACCGUCGGCGGCAAUAUCCUGGUCAUCCUGGCCGUCUCACUGGAGAAGAAGCUUCAAAACGCCACCAAUUUCUUCUUGAGGUCUCUGGCGGUGGCCGACAUGCUGGUGGGCAUCCUGGUCAUGCCCAUCUCACUCAUCAACAUCCUGUACGAUUACGCUUGGCCCCUGCCCAGCGCAUUGUGUCCCAUCUGGAUCUACCUGGACGUCCUGUUCUCCACCGCCUCCAUCAUGCACCUGUGCGCCAUCUCGCUGGACCGCUACGUAGCUAUCCGCAAUCCCAUCGAGCACAGCCGAUUCAACUCCAGGACCAAAGCCAUGAUGAAGAUUGCCGCCGUCUGGACAAUAUCCAUAGGCGUCUCCAUGCCCAUCCCGGUGAUCGGCCUCCACAACGAGGACAAGGUCUUUGUCAACGGCAGCUGCGUGCUCAACGAGGAGCGCUUCAUACUGAUCGGCUCCUUUGUGGCCUUCUUCAUCCCGCUGGUCAUCAUGGUGGUGACGUACGGCCUCACCAUUCAAGUGCUGCAGAGACAGGCCACUGUUUUCCUGUGCGAGGCCAAGACGUCCUCCCAGCAGCCUUUGCAGCCCUCCGCCUCGGAGAUCCACGCGCAAGCCUCGCCCGAAGCACCAGAGCUCAAGCCGGCGUCUGAGCCCGGUAUCCUCCUCAGCGUCUCCACGUCGGAAAGCGUUAACAUCCUUCCGGGGUCAGAGGCCACGUCGCAGCUCAGCUCGCCGGCCGCCGGGCCCGGACGGAGCGAUGGCAGCGGUUGCCACGGGCGACGGGGGAUGAUGCAAGCCAUCAAGAACGAGAGGCGGGCCUCCAAGGUGUUGGGAAUUGUCUUCUUCCUCUUCCUUGUAAUGUGGUGUCCCUUUUUCAUCACCAACGUCACCCUGGUGCUGUGCGGCACCUCCUGCGGCGAGUCUCUGCUUCACGAGAUGCUCAACGUCUUCGUGUGGGUGGGCUACAUCUCGUCGGGGGUCAACCCGCUCGUGUACACGCUCUUCAACAAGACCUACAGGAGAGCCUUCUCCAGCUACAUCCGCUGUCGCUACAACAUGGGUGCCAAUGCCAACGUUGUCGGGGCCGGCCAGGUCUUCAAGAACCCACUUAUGGCGGCGCCGCCGUCAUCCUCGCAUGCCGUCACGCCGCUCCUAGUGCACGCCCACAGGAAGCCGAGCGCCGAACGGGGUAACUGUCGAAACGGCGGUCAGCCGCCACCUGACUCGGAGGACGCCACGGACGACGGGACACAAACGGCGGGAGGCGUGGUGCCGAGCCUCUCCCUGUGCCACGACGUUGGCGGGGCCUUUUCCGAAACCGAAGCUGAAACAGAGGAACAGGAGCUGUCGCUCGUUAGCUGCAGCCCCGCCUCCACGGUCCACACAAGCAGCGUGUGACGUUUUUGGACGUGCUCUCUUCUGGCUCAGCCUAGCCUGAAAAGUGGAGGAGGCCUCAUCCGUGUAGUAGUGGAAGCCAGCAGAACCCCAAACACGAACGUCUCACAGCGCCUCCUGGUGGCUAUGUGCCCCAUCUAAAACGCGUGCGUGUACUGGUACGUGUGUACAUCGUUUUAAAUAAACAAGAACAAAGGAUUCAUUAGGAAACGUAUACACACGGAUGCAUUCACGCACGCGCGUACGUGAGUUUGUAUAUGUAUAUGUGUGUAUAUAUAUCUAUAUAUAUAUGUAUUUAUACGUGUAUAUGUGUGUACAUUGUAUAUAUACACACAGACACAUCCACACAUACAUAGUAGGUCUUCCGCAAAUGUGAUCUGGUCACGUUUGCACUGUGAAAAUGAGAAAGAUUAACACAGAGGUCAUACGUUAGAACGCCUCAUUCAUUUUCCUACAAUGCCUUUUUUUCUGCAUGAGCUAACGAGGUGCGAGCACUUCAAUUGUGACCACACUGGCCUCCUGCUCGUUCAGUCCGUCUAUCCCCUCACUAAUGCACGGAACGGUGUGAGAGCUGGCCGGGGAAGUCAAAGGCCCUUGGGUUCGUGCUCAACGUUUGAUUUGAUCCAAAGUGCCCGGAGAAAAUAUCCUAAUUUCCAUCUAUCCAAAUUCAUCCCAUCAGAGGGAUCCUACGAUUUAUCCUAAGUAGGUGAAAAGAGAUUCUCACUCAAGUUGCAUUGAGUCACAGAGGAGAUGUUUGUCAUCAGAGUGGAGAAGAUAACAGUACGUAGGAAGAGAAUGCAUGUGUGUGUCCUUCAAUGGAAACUUGCAGCAGACUUUUUGUUGCUAGGCAACAACGUUUUGCAAAAGAUCAAGCUGUAUUGUUGUCCCAUAACCUCCCGAACAAUUCAAUAUCAUCACAGCCUCAUAAUGGAAUAUUGAUUCAUUUGCGUAUGAGCAUGGUAACACUUUUGUUGAUUACAUCAACAAAUAUAUCCUCAAUUCUGCCUGUGUACAACCAGGAAGUCGCCAGCAGUUUUUUGACAAUAAUCGACCACAGAGCAAAUGACCAAAUGUCUUGUUUUAUUUCUUUCAAGCGGGGUGUUGCAAUUUAUUGAUAUAAAAAAAAGGAUUCCAA